GUGUUCGUCCGGAGCGGUUGUGCGAGCGCUACCCUUGGGCGAAACGUCGGCAGUCGCGCCGGCGCCGUGCUCGGCGAUGGACCACGACGAGGACCGGUCCUUGUCCCUCGGGACGGAGGUGUCGGCCUCCGCGCCCCCGCCGAGUCCUCUCACGGGAUGCUACCUGCUGGCCGUCAUCGGCGAGCCGCACACGCAUGAGCACAAGGAGAUUAUUCUGCAGCGCCUCGUCAAAGGGCUGCUAUCAUGGGACUCUGGAGAGCACCAGGUGGAUUUGGAGAAGGAGCUGGCCACCCUCGCGGAGCAGGCACCCGAGGGCGAAGAGGCCAGAUAUGGAGAGCGACUGAUUCAAUACGCAUCAGAGAACCUGGUGACAGAGAUCCUGAUCCACCCACAGAUGAACACGCUGAUGCAGUGCAUGCGCAACCUGCUCAGCUCUUUCACGCGCCACCGACACCUCGUGCACGCGGGGUACACUUUUGCGGGAAACGGCUCCUGGAUUAUGCAGGACGGGACAUUCUCCCUCGCCGACUUUACUGACGCUUACCAAGAGAAUGAAGUACAGCGAGUCAUUCGCGCCUACGAAAACUCUAUAUCGAUAACGAUUCAUUGCGCGGCCGCCGGCGAAUGGGCCAAGCUGCCGCAGAUGCCAUUUGUGAAGCAUUGCAAGAUAAAUGUUAACCCAACAGACAUACUCGACUCUGGCUCUAAAGCCAUCAAGGAUUUUACUACUUACCUGGAACCCUACAUAGUGCCGGCGAGCCUGGAGCAGCUGCUGGUUUCGAGCGACGUGGUGGGCAACAUCCGCUUUAGCCAUCCCACGCUGUACGUCUUCCCCGGAGGACAGGGCGACGCUGCGCUCUUCGGAAUUAACGGAUUCAACAUGCUAGUCGAUGGAGGGUUCUCGCGCAAGGCAUGCUGGUGGGAUUUCGCGCGCCACCUAGAUCGGCUGGAUGCUGUGCUGCUGACUCGCCUCAACAACUGCUCGGCGGCCGGCAUGGCAGCCGUGCUACGUCGCAAGGCCACCGCCAACGUCUACCCGCAGAUUGGACACUUCUUCUGCAACCUAGAAGAGCGGCGAGCUGUGACAAGUCCCGAUGGCGACAAGGACACCGAUCCUCUACUUGUCUCUCUCUUGCAAGAGGGCUCCGACAUGAUGGCAGACCUACGACAUAUUAACCUGAAACCACAACACUGCUACCGAAGCCCCGAUCCCAUAAACUUGUACCAUAAAGUUGGUCAUGGUACUCUUGACAUGUACGUACUGAAUCCGUCCAAGGACUCGAAACACGUUCGUGAAUUCCUAAAGCGAUGGCACAGUAGUGAACAAAAGCUAUUUGAAGGGGCUAGUGUGUCAGGACAAUUUAACUUUCCCAUUCCUAAUUUAGUGUCUAUAUGUGCUUUACUCGUGUGGCGUCCUGCUAAUCCCGAUGAUACGAUAACUAGAAUAAUGUUCCCCGGUUCUACGCCACAACAUAAAAUAUUCGAAGGCCUCGAAAAAUUAAAACACUUGGAGAUUCUUCAACAUCCCACGUGCACCGGCCGCCAGAUGACGACUGCCGCCGUCCCGGCACCCGCUCCUGUCGUAGCUCCCGUCGCACCAACGGCAGUGUCCGUGAUCAAAACGAAACAAGUAAAAAGUAAAGAAAGAAGUAUUAUUACAGAAACGAAGGCAAAAGAAGAAAAAAUACACGAAACGGAACAGACAAAAAUUAGGACAAUCAAAGAUGUUGAUUCUAAAAACUUAAUUGAUAACAAGUUAUUAAAUGAAUUGGUUGAUGGCGAAGAUAAAAAAAUUGAAUCGGUUUUGCAAGAAGCAAUCGCUACAAGGAUGGAUUCUAAAUUAGACGACAAAUUCGCUCAAUAUGAAAGCACCGUUGUUGAUGGCUUACCGAAAAAGAGGGACACUAAAAAGAAAGAGAAGCCCAUAGAUAAAAAGGCUAAACGAACCGAUGAUAAUAAAGAGUCACUAGCAAAAACGGCUGAUCUUAAAAAAGUGGAAACCGAAACAAAAAUAAAACCAGAUGGUAAGAAAAAAUCUGAGCUAAAAGCAAAGCCUGAAAUGCCAAGUACAAUCAGUAAAAGUAAAAUUAGUCACAGAACAACUCAAAAGAAGGUAACGUCUGCAAUAAGCGAUAAACGUACUGCUUUAGACGACAAAAAAUCACCUCCUACGACACCGAAGAAAUCGAUUGAAUCGAAGUCAAUUACGAAUAUUAUAAGCAAAGACAAAGUGAAAGGUAAGACUAGACGACAAAGCCCAAUUACUACACCUGCAAAAAGCGUCAAAGAAGCUAGCAACCGCAGAGUUGUCGAAUCUAAGUACAAACAAUCAUCUCCGAAGAGAGAUAUUCCUCAAAAGACUUCCGAUAAAAAGGAAAUGAAACCUAAGCGCGAACCUAUUUCUCGACGGCCAAGGCCACUAGGUUCCCCCAUCAAAGGUUUAAAGUCUAUGAAAAGCCCCACAAAAGCUGUCAAGACAACUAAGAGUGAUACUGCAAAAUUAAAGGGGUUACAGAGAGUAAAUUAUGAAGAUAUAUUAAAAGACGCUAAAAAAUCCGACGAAGAUACAUCUAAAUCACUUGACGAUAUAAAACAACAAGAACUGGACGAAAGAGAAGAACAGGAAAUUGUAAGAGAAAUUGAAGCUGUAUUUAAUAGAGAUAGCGAAGCUGAAGAAAAAAUAGAAUACGUUGGACGUUCAGAUAUAGAAAAGAUUACGUGCCUCAUAGACGAUACAAAAACAGACGUGCCUCCUGAUACUGAGUUUGAAGAGGAAUAUUUGAUAAUAGAAAAGGAAGAAGUUGAUCAAUAUACCGAAGAUUCUAUUUUAGAACAGGAGCUAAGUCCAGUAAAAGACACAGAUCUUAUGAAGCAUUUAAAAGACAAAGAAGAAUCUGAAAAGAAAAAAGAGGAUUUAACUAGCCAAGUUAAAAUACCAUCGAAAAUAGAUACAGAGAAAAUGACCAAAGAGGAAGUCAAACAUGAUUCAAAAGAACAUUCUGAAAGUUUAGAAGAAAAACAAGAUAUUAGCAGUGAAAAGAAAACAACGGAUAGUAAAAGUGGACUUUUGAAAGCCAAAGACUCACUAGAUCUUAAUAUUGUACAAGAGUCACAACCAGAUGAAAAAAUUUCAACUACGGUGGAAUCAGGGGCUACCACGGCGCCUACUUUGCCUGAAGAUGAACGUAUAACUUUAGACGAAAUAAAGGAAGAUCAGCAUGUUGAAGAAAAGUAUAUUAGAGAAGAAACCAAGGAAAUGCAUGUGCCACAACCAUUUAUUGACAGUAAACCACCAGUAUCUGAAAGAAUCCCCAUUAAGGAACCGCAACCAGUUCCUCUCAGAGACGUUGUAAAAACGCCUGAUGAAGUUGCUGACCUUCCCUUGCACGAAGAGGUAGACUAUAGAACAUUUGAUGAAAAGAAAACACCAAUUGAAGAAAACGUGUUUAAACAAAAGAUAGAUUUAGAUUUACAGAAAGAUUUGAAAGUUCCUAAAGAUCUUCCAAUUAAAGACGCAUUGUCUAGAACCAUACAGGAUGAUGUUGUCAUUAAGACGAUUGAACGUCCAUCUCAUCCCGAAAUAGUUACUGUAACGCCAGGUUCAGCGCCCGAGUCCCCGAUGUAUCAUGAUCAAACAAAAGUUUCAAUGAUUCCAGGAAAAGAUUUGGAACCAGUCAAAGAAUAUGAUGAUAAUGAAUAUAUUUACGGCCAGUACACGGAACAAUUACGAGAAACUCAUAUUACAACUUUGGAUUCUCCAAUAAAAGACGAAGUAAGAACUAUUGAUGAUACUCAACCUGUAUCAGAAAAAAUACCUUCAAUACCUGAGGAUGUGGAAAAAGAAAUUGAGGAAGAACAUAAACUGGAAACAUUAGAGAAACCUCCCCUUAGCCCUAAGGAUGUGGAGCGGAUAGUAGCAGACGUAGCACAAGUCCUCAAAUCAGAUAAAAGUCUAGAUGAACUGAUAGCAGAAAAAUCACCCAUAUUUCGAAAAUCUCCAGAAGGUAUUAAGAAAUUGGACGAAACACAAUAUAAGGAAAUAUCUCCAAUGAGAUCACUUACAUCUGAAGAUGUUAGUGACAUAUCUGACAAAACAGUGUUGAGCGAUGAAAAGAAAGUGAAACAUGAUCUAAAACUUGAUACAGAAGUGAGUAGUAGUACUCUUAUGGAAAGUGAAGUAAAAAAACCACAUCUUAAACAACAAAAGUUAGAGAAUGGCGAAUCCGAAAAACAUUUAAGUGACAUCAUUGAUGAAAAGCAAGAAAAACGAUUGAGUAUAACAUUAGAUUCCGCUAAAACUUUGGAAAAGUUAGAGGAAAAACUAGCAGAUUUAAAAAAGAAAGAAGACAACAUCCAAAAAGAGCUACAGUCAAAAGAAGGUAUUGUAGAGAGAAAAGAAUCACAAGUAGUAACCACCAUCGAUUCACAUUUAAAGAGUCAAGAUAAAACAUCAGAGUCACUUCUCGAAGAAGUUUUUGAAGUAGAACUUUCUUCUGAGAAGGUGACCGACUUUGAUCGAAAAUCCGAAGACAGACGCCCAACUGAACAAGACAAAAAAGUUCUCUUAACACCGACAUCGUUAGAAAUUUCAUCAGAAAUUAAAAAAGGGAGGGACAGCUCAGAAAGAAGUAUUGAAUUCAAAGAAAAACCAAAAAUAUCGGACUCAGACGACGAUCAAAAAAUGGAUGUCAGCGAGGAAAAUUUAUCAGCAAGUAAUAUCAUUUCUGACAAACUUGACGAAAAGCAAGUAAGUUUAGAAAAAGAUAGUAUUGUACAAGAAUAUUAUGACAAAGUGUUACCUUUUGAUGGAGGUACUACUUUUGAUGAUUUGGAUGAUACAGAGAAUUAUACCGACAAGUUACAAAUGAUUACACGAAAAUGUCUUGGAACAGAAAUGAAAAUGCUUGGGUUGGUCGAUGAUAUGGAACACGAUCACCAUGUUCUAGGUUACAAAGAAAUUUCGCAGCCAAUCAAAACUGACAAUGAAUCUUUAAAAAUUGUUCUCAAAGAUCUAAUUACAUAUGGAGAACCUGAAUGCAUUGAGACAGUUAAAGAUUGUGUAAUUACGACAAAACAUCUUACAGUUCAACGAAAUAUUGUAACUAAGAUAAUCAAAACAAAGUACAGCAAUAAGAAUGGUUUGUUAGUCAAAUUAAAGACCUUAAAAACUACAGUCACUAAAGACAAACAGCCGGAUGGUUCUUUUAUAACUAACGUUGAUACCAAUAUUUAUAUCUCCGAUGUUAUAUCUAUGAGAGAUAAAGUCGAAAAACCUAAUUUAAAUGAAUUAUGUGAAAAUAUUAUAGACGAUGUUAAAUCAUCAAUAACUCAUACAGAUGUGCCUAGUCGAAUAAUAAGCGAAAAAGAGGCGGAGAAUUUAUUAAAAGAACUUGUUCAGAUUAGUGAACCUGAAGAAUAUGAAAUAAGUGGUGUAAAAACUAUUACUAUAAAUAAUACAACAAUUUACCGCACAAUUAUGACGAAAAUAACAAAAACCAUGUAUUUCCAUGAAAAAGUUUCUACUUUCAAAGUUAUGAUAAAUACUUCUACUACAGUUAUCGAUAAAACUCCAGAGGGGUCAACAAGUUCAAAACACGAACAAAGUAUAGCAAUAGCAGAUAUAAAUAAAGAGUUGGAGGAACUUAAAGGUUUUCUAAUACAGAACAGCGAAAACAGAAAAUACGAAGAGUUGCUACCACUAGGCGAACCAAUUAUAUCAGAAACUAAAGAAAUGACAGUUGUAACAAAAAAUACAAUAACUAUAAGGCAAAAAAUAAUAACAACGACGGUAAAACAAGCACUUAUGCAUGUAAGUCUAAAAGUCUUUAAAUGGACGGUAACAGAAGUUAAAACUGAUGAAUAUCCAAAUGGAUCGGCAGUAACAAAACGAAGGCAACACAUUUCUUACCAUCAAAAAUUAAGCGAAGAAAGAAAAAUAAAAACAUUUAUAGAUCCACAAACAGAAAAGGAUGAAUCGAUAUCUCUCGAUAGGAAAGAAAAGGUUGAAAAACCAGUUCCAAGUGCUGUUGAUGAAAAACCAUCUGUUGACGCACUUGAGAGGGAGAAAACGCCAAGCCCUGUUGAUAAGAUGGACAAGGUCGAAAUACCAGUUCCGACUGUAGUAAAUGAAAGACAAUUUAUUAAAAAGCUUGAAAUAGACAAAACGCUAAUUCCUCACGAUGAGGAAGAAAAGGCUGAAAAGCCAAGUGCUACUGAUGAAAAACUGACUGUUGACACACUUGAGAAGGAGAAAACGCCAAGCCCUGUUGAUAAGAUGGACAAAGUUGAAUUACCAGCUGUGACUGCAGUUGAUGAAAAAGAAACUAUUGACAAACUUGAGAAAGAGAAAACACCAAGCCCAGUUGACAAGAUGGACAAGGUUGAGAAACUUGAUCCAAGUGCUGUUGGUAAAAAACCAUCUGUUGACACACUUGAGAAGGAAAAAACGCCAAGCCCUGUUGAUAAGAUGGACAAGGUUGAGAAACUUGAUCCAAGGGCUGUAGGUGAAGAACAAAUUAAUGACAAACUUGAAAAAGACAAAACAUCAAGUCCUCUCGAUAAGGAAGAAAAGGUUGAAAAGCCAGUUCCAAGUGCUGUUGAUGAAAAACCAUCUGUUGACACACUUGAGAAAGAGAAAACACCAAGCCCUGUUGAUAAGAUGGACAAGGUUGAAUUACCAGCUGUGACUGCAGUUGAUGAAAAACUAACUAUUGACAAACUUGAAAAAGACAAAACGCCCAGUCCUCUCGAUAAGGAAGAAAAGGUUGAAAAGCCAGUUCCAAGUGCUGUUGAUGAAAAACUGACUAUUGUCACACUUGAGAAGGAGAAAACGCCAAGCCCUGUUGAUAAGAUGGACAAGGUUGAAUUACCAGUUUCAACUGCAGUAGAUGAAAAACAAAUUAUUGACAAACUUGAAAAAGACAAAACGCCAAGUCCUCUGGAUAAGGAAGAAAAGGUUGAAAAGCCAGUUCCAAGUGCUGUUGAUGAAAAACCAUCUGUUGACACACUUGAGAAGGAAAAAACGCCAAGCCCUGUUGAUAAGAUGGACAAGGUUGAAUUACCAGCUGUGACUGCAGUUGAUGAAAAACUAACUAUUGACAAACUUGAAAAAGACAAAACGCCCAGUCCUCUCGAUAAGGAAGAAAAGGUUGAAAAGCCAGUUCCAAGUGCUGUUGAUGAAAAACCAUCUGUUGACACACUUGAGAAAGAGAAAACACCAAGCCCUAUCGAUAAGAUGGACAAGAAAGAAAUACCAAUUUCAACUGCAGUAGAUGAAAAACAAAUUAUUGACAAACUUGAAAAAGACAAAACGCCAAGUCCUCUCGAUAAGGAAGAAAAGGUUGAAAAGCCAGUUCCAAGUGCUGUUGAUGAAAAACUGACUAUUGUCACACUUGAGAAGGAGAAAACGCCAAGCCCUGUUGAUAAGAUGGACAAGAAAGAAAUACCAGCUGUGACUGCAGUUGAUGAAAAACUAACUAUUGACAAACUUGAAAAAGACAAAACACCAAGUCCUCUCGAUAAGGAAGAAAAGGUUGAAAAGCCAGUUCGAAGUGCUGUUGAUGAAAUACCAUCUGUUGACACACUUGAGAAAGAGAAAACACCAAGCCCUGUCGAUAAGAUGGACAAGGUUGAAUUACCAGCUGUGACUGCAGUUGAUGAAAAACUAACUAUUGACAAACUUGAAAAAGACAAAACGCCGAGUCCUCUCGAUAAGGAAGAAAAGGUUGAAAAGCCAGUUCCAAGUGCUGUUGAUGAAAAACUGACUAUUGUCACACUUGAGAAGGAGAAAACGCCAAGCCCUGUUGAUAAGAUGGACAAGGUUGAAUUACCAGUUUCAACUGCAGUAGAUGAAAAACAAAUUAUUGACAAACUUGAAAAAGACAAAACGCCAAGUCCUCUGGAUAAGGAAGAAAAGGUUGAAAAGCCAGUUCCAAGUGCUGUUGAUGAAAAACCAUCUGUUGACACACUUGAGAAGGAAAAAACGCCAAGCCCUGUUGAUAAGAUGGACAAGGUUGAAUUACCAGCUGUGACUGCAGUUGAUGAAAAACUAACUAUUGACAAACUUGAAAAAGACAAAACGCCCAGUCCUCUCGAUAAGGAAGAAAAGGUUGAAAAGCCAGUUCCAAGUGCUGUUGAUGAAAAACCAUCUGUUGACACACUUGAGAAAGAGAAAACACCAAGCCCUAUCGAUAAGAUGGACAAGAAAGAAAUACCAAUUUCAACUGCAGUAGAUGAAAAACAAAUUAUUGACAAACUUGAAAAAGACGAGAAAACGCCAAGCCCUGUUGAUAAGAUGGACAAGAAAGAAAUACCAGCUGAAGAAAAGGUUGAAAAGCCAGUUCGAAGUGCUGUUGAUGAAAUACCAUCUGUUGACACACUUGAGAAAGAGAAAACACCAAGCCCUGUCGAUAAGAUGGACAAGGUUGAAUUACCAGCUAAAGAGAAAACACCAAGCCCUGUCGAUAAGAUGGACAAGAAAGAAAUACCAGUUUCAACUGCAGUAGAUGAAAAACAAAUUAUUGUCAAACUUGAAAAAGACAAAACACCAAGUCCUCUCGAUAAGGAAGAAAAGGUUGAAAAGCCAGUGCCAAGUGCUGUUGAUGAAAAACUGACUAUUGUCACACUUGAGAAGGAGAAAACGCCAAGCCCUGUUGAUAAGAUGGACAAGGUUGAAUUACCAGCUGUGACUGCAGUUGAUGAAAAACUAACUAUUGACAAACUUGAAAAAGACAAAACGCCCAGUCCUCUCGAUAAGGAAGAAAAGGUUGAAAAGCCAGUUCCAAGUGCUGUUGAUGAAAAACCAUCUGUUGACACACUUGAGAAAGAGAAAAAACCAAGCCCUAUCGAUAAGAUGGACAAGAAAGAAAUACCAAUUUCAACUGCAGUAGAUGAAAAACAAAUUAUUGACAAACUUGAAAAAGACAAAACGCCAAGUCCUCUCGAUAAGGAAGAAAAGGUUGAAAAGCCAGUUCCAAGUUCUGUUGAUGAAAAACCAUCUGUUGACACACUUAAGAAAGAGAAAACACCAAGCCCUGUUGAUAAGAUGGACAAGAAAGAAAUACCAGCUGUGACUGCAGUUGAUGAAAAACUAACUAUUGACAAACUUGAAAAAGACAAAACGCCGAGUCCUCUCGAUAAGGAAGAAAAGGUUGAAAAGCCAGUUCCAAGUGCUGUUGAUGAAAAACCAUCUGUUGAGACACUUGAGAAAGAGAAAACACCAAGCCCUGUUGAUAAGAUGGACAAGGUUGAAUUACCAGCUGUGACUGCAGUUGCUGAAAAACUAACUAUUGACAAACUUGAAAAAGACAAAACGCCCAGUCCUCACGAUAAGGAAGAAAAGGUUGAAAAGCCAGUUCCAAGUGCUGUUGAUGAAAAACCAUCUGUUGACACACUUGAGAAAGAGAAAACACCAAGCCCUGUUGUUAAGAUGGACAAGGUUGAAUUACCAGCUGUGACUGCAGUUGAUGAAAAACUAACUAUUGACAAACUUGAAAAAGACAAAACGCCGAGUCCUCUCGAUAAGGAAGAAAAGGUUGAAAAGCCAGUUCCAAGUGCUGUUGAUGAAAAACCAUCUGUUGACACACUUGAGAAAGAGAAAACACCAAGCCCUGUCGAUAAGAUGGACAAGAAAGAAAUACCAGUUUCAACUGCAGUAGAUGAAAAACAAAUUAUUGACAAACUUGAAAAAGACAGUGCUGUUGAUGAAAAACUGACUAUUGUCACACUUGAGAAGGAGAAAACGCCAAGCCCUGUUGAUAAGAUGGACAAGGUUGAAUUACCAGUUUCAACUGCAGUAGAUGAAAAACAAAUUAUUGACAAACUUGAAAAAGAUAAAACACCAAGUCCUCUCGAUAAGGAAGAAAAGGUUGAAAAGCCAGUUCGAAGUGCUGUUGAUGAAAUACCAUCUGUUGACACACUUGAGAAAGAGAAAACACCAAGCCCUGUCGAUAAGAUGGACAAGGUUGAAUUACCAGCUGUGACUGCAGUUGAUGAAAAACUAACUAUUGACAAACUUGAAAAAGACAAAACGCCGAGUCCUCUCGAUAAGGAAGAAAAGGUUGAAAAGCCAGUUCCAAGUGCUGUUGAUGAAAAACCAUCUGUUGACACACUUGAGAAAGAGAAAACACCAAGCCCUGUCGAUAAGAUGGACAAGAAAGAAAUACCAGUUUCAACUGCAGUAGAUGAAAAACAAAUUAUUGACAAACUUGAAAAAGAUAAAACACCAAGUCCUCUCGAUAAGGAAGAAAAGGUCGAAAAGCCAGUCCCAAGUGCUGUUGAUGAAAAACUGACUGAUGUCACACUUGAGAAGGAGAAAACGCCAAGCCCUGUUGAUAAGAUGGACAAGGUUGAAUUACCAGCUGUGACUGCAGUUGAUGAAAAACUAACUAUUGACAAACUUGAAAAAGACAAAACGCCCAGUCCUCUCGAUAAGGAAGAAAAGGUUGAAAAGCCAGUCCCAAGUGCUGUUGAUGAAAAACUGACUGAUGUCACACUUGAGAAGGAGAAAACGCCAAGCCCUGUUGAUAAGAUGGACAAGGUUGAAUUACCAGCUGUGACUGCAGUUGAUGAAAAACUAACUAUUGACAAACUUGAAAAAGACAAAACGCCCAGUCCUCUCGAUAAGGAAGAAAAGGUUGAAAAGCCAGUUCCAAGUGCUGUUGAUGAAAAACCAUCUGUUGACACACUUGAGAAAGAGAAAACGCCAAGCCCUGUUGAUAAGAUGGACAAGGUUGAAUUACCAGUUUCAACUGCAGUAGAUGAAAAACAAAUUAUUGACAAACUUGAAAAAGACAAAACACCAAGUCCUCUCGAUAAGGAAGAAAAGGUUGAAAAGCCAGUGCCAAGUGCUGUUGAUGAAAAACUGACUAUUGUCACACUUGAGAAGGAGAAAACGCCAAGCCCUGUUGAUAAGAUGGACAAGGUUGAAUUACCAGUUUCAACUGCAGUAGAUGAAAAACAAAUUAUUGACAAACUUGAAAAAGAUAAAACACCAAGUCCUCUCGAUAAGGAAGAAAAGGUUGAAAAGCCAGUUCGAAGUGCUGUUGAUGAAAUACCAUCUGUUGACACACUUGAGAAAGAGAAAACACCAAGCCCUGUCGAUAAGAUGGACAAGGUUGAAUUACCAGCUGUGACUGCAGUUGAUGAAAAACUAACUAUUGACAAACUUGAAAAAGACAAAACGCCGAGUCCUCUCGAUAAGGAAGAAAAGGUUGAAAAGCCAGUUCCAAGUGCUGUUGAUGAAAAACCAUCUGUUGACACACUUGAGAAAGAGAAAACACCAAGCCCUGUCGAUAAGAUGGACAAGGUUGAAUUACCAGUUUCAACUGCAGUAGAUGAAAAACAAAUUAUUGACAAACUUGAAAAAGAUAAAACACCAAGUCCUCUCGAUAAGGAAGAAAAGGUUGAAAAGCCAGUCCCAAGUGCUGUUGAUGAAAAACUGACUGAUGUCACACUUGAGAAGGAGAAAACGCCAAGCCCUGUUGAUAAGAUGGACAAGGUUGAAUUACCAGUUUCAACUGCAGUAGAUGAAAAACAAAUUAUUGACAAACUUGAAAAAGACAAAACACCAAGUCCUCUCGAUAAGGAAGAAAAGGUUGAAAAGCCAGUGCCAAGUGCUGUUGAUGAAAAACUGACUAUUGUCACACUUGAGAAGGAGAAAACGCCAAGCCCUGUUGAUAAGAUGGACAAGGUUGAAUUACCAGUUUCAACUGCAGUAGAUGAAAAACAAAUUAUUGACAAACUUGAAAAAGAUAAAACACCAAGUCCUCUCGAUAAGGAAGAAAAGGUUGAAAAGCCAGUCCCAAGUGCUGUUGAUGAAAAACUGACUGAUGUCACACUUGAGAAGGAGAAAACGCCAAGCCCUGUUGAUAAGAUGGACAAGGUUGAAUUACCAGCUGUGACUGCAGUUGAUGAAAAACUAACUAUUGACAAACUUGAAAAAGACAAAACGCCGAGUCCUCUCGAUAAGGAAGAAAAGGUUGAAAAGCCAGUUCCAAGUGCUGUUGAUGAAAAACCAUCUGUUGACACACUUGAGAGAGAGAAAACACCAAGCCCUGUUGAUAAGAUGGACAAGGUUGAAUUACCAGCUGUGACUGCAGUUGAUGGAAAAUUAACUAUUGACAAACUUGAAAAAGACAAAACGCCCAGUCCUCUCGAUAAGGAAGAAAAGGUUGAAAAGCCAGUUCCAAGUGAUGUUGAUGAAAAACCAUUUGUUGACACACUUGAGAAGGAAAAAACACCAGGCCAUGAUGAUAAGAUGGACAAGGUUGAAUUACCAGCUGUGACUGCAGUUGAUGAAAAACAAACUAUUGACAUACUUGAAAAAGACAAAACGCCGAGUCCUCUCGAUAAGGAAGAAAAGGUUGAAAAGCCAGUUCCAAGUGAUGUUGAUGAAAAACCAUCUGUUGACACACUUGAGAAAGAGAAAACACCAAGCCCUGUUGAUAAGAUGGACAAGGUUGAAUUACCAGCUGUGACUGCAGUUGAUGAAAAACUAACUAUUGACAAACUUGAAAAAGACAAAACGCCAAGUCCUCUCGAUAAGGAAGAAAAGGUUGAAAAGCCAGUGCCAAGUGCUGUUGAUGAAAAACAGACUGUUGUCACACUUGAGAAGGAGAAAACGCAAAGCCCUGUUGAUAAGAUGGACAAGGUUGAAUUACCAGUUUCAACUGCAGUAGAUGAAAAACAAAUUAUUGACAAACUUGAAAAAGAUAAAACACCAAGUCCUCUCGAUAAGGAAGAAAAGGUUGAAAAGCCAGUUCGAAGUGCUGUUGAUGAAAUACCAUCUGUUGACACACUUGAGAAAGAGAAAACACCAAGCCCUGUCGAUAAGAUGGACAAGGUUGAAUUACCAGCUGUGACUGCAGUUGAUGAAAAACUAACUAUUGACAAACUUGAAAAAGACAAAACGCCAAGUCCUCUCGAUAAGGAAGAAGAAAAGGUUGAAAAGCCAGUCCCAAGUGUUGUUGAUGAAAAACUGACUGUUGUCACAAUUGAGAAGGAGAAAACGCCAAGCCCUGUUGAUAAGAUGGACAAGAAAGAAAUACCAGCUGAAGAAAAGGUUGAAAAGCCAGUUCGAAGUGCUGUUGAUGAAAUACCAUCUGUUGACACACUUGAGAAAGAGAAAACACCAAGCCCUGUCGAUAAGAUGGACAAGGUUGAAUUACCAGCUGAGAAAGUGCCAAGCCCUGUCGAUAAGAUGGACAAGAAAGAAAUACCAGUUUCAACUGCAGUAGAUGAAAAACAAGUUAUUGGCAAACUUGAAAAAGAAAAAACGCCAAGUCUUUUCGAUAAGGAAGAAAAGAAAGAAAAACCACCAAGCCCUGUUGAUAAGAUGGACAAGAAAGAAAUACCAGUUUCGACUGCAAAAGAGAAAACACCAAGCCCUGUUGAUAAGAUGGACAAGGUUGAAUUACCAGCUGAAGAAAAGGUUGAAAAGCCAGUCCCAAGUGUUGUUGAUGAAAAACUGACUGUUGUCACAAUUGAGAAGGAGAAAACGCCAAGCCCUGUUGAUAAGAUGGACAAGAAAGAAAUACCAGCUAAAGAGAAAACACCAAGCCCUGUUGAUAAGAUGGACAAGAAAGAAAUACCAGCUAAAGAGAAAACACCAAGCCCUGUUGAUAAGAUGGACAAGGUUGAAUUACCAGCUAAAGAGAAAACACCAAGCCCUGUCGAUAAGAUGGACAAGAAAGAAAUACCAGUUUCAACUGCAGAGAAAGUGCCAAGCCCUGUCGAUAAGAUGGACAAGAAAGAAAUACCAAUUUCAACUGCAGUAGAUGAAAAACAAAUUAUUGGCAAACUUGAAAAAGAAAAAACGCCAAGUCCUUUCGAUAAGGAAGAAAAGGAAGAAAAGGUUGAAAAGCCAGUCCCAAGUGUUGUUGAUGAAAAACUGACUGUUGUCACACUUGAGAAGGAGAAAACGCUAAGCCCUGUUGAUAAGAUGGACAAGAAAGAAAUACCAGUUCCAACUGCAGUAGAUGAAAAACAAAUUAUUGACAAACUUGAAAAAGAAAAAACGCCCAGUCAUCUCGAUAAGGAAGAAAAGGAGAAAACGCCAAGCCCUGUUGAUAAGAUGGACAAGAAAGAAAUACCAGUUUCGACUGCAGAAGAAAAGGUUGAAAAGCCAGUUCCAAGUGAUGUUGGUGAAAAACUGACUGUUGACACACUUGAGAAAGAGAAAACACCAAGCCCUGUCGAUAAGAUGGACAAGAAAGAAAUACCAGUUUCAACUGCAAAAGAGAAAACACCAAGCCCUGUUGAUAAGAUGGACAAGAAAGAAAUACCAGCUAAAGAGAAAACACCAAGCCCUGUUGAUAAGAUGGACAAGGUUGAAUUACCAGCUGAAGAAAAGGUAGAAAAGCCAGUGCCAAGUGCUGUUGAUGAAAAACUGACUAUUGUCACACUUGAGAAGGAGAAAACGCCAAGCCCGGUUGAUAAGAUGGACAAGGUUGAAUUACCAGUUUCAACUGCAGAGAAAACGCCAAGCCCUGUUGAUAAGAUGGACAAGAAAGAAAUACCAGUUUCUACUGCAAAAGAGAAAACACCAAGCCCUGUUGAUAAGAUGGACAAGGUUGAAUUACCAGCUUUGAGUGCAGUUGAUGAAAAUCUAACUAUUGACAAACUUGAAAAAGACAAAACGCCGAGUCCUUUCGAUAAGGAAGAAAAGGAGAAAACGCCAAGCCCUGUUGAUAAGAUGGACAAGAAAGAAAUACCAGUUUCGACUGCAAAAGAGAAAACACCAAGCCCUGUUGAUAAGAUGGACAAGGUUGAAUUACCAGCUGAGAAAACGCCAAGCCCUGUUGAUAAGAUGGACAAGGUUGAAUUACCAGCUGAAGAAAAGGUCGAAAAGCCAGUGCCAAGUGCUGUUGAUGAAAAACUGACUAUUGUCACGCUUGAGAAGGAGAAAACGCCAAGCCCUGUUGAUAAGAUGGACAAGGUUGAAUUACCAGUUUCAACUGCAAAAGAGAAAACACCAAGCCCUGUCGAUAAGAUGGACAAGAAAGAAAUACCAGUUUCAACUGCAGAAGAAAAGUUUGAAAAGCCAGUGCCAAGUGCUGUUGAUGAAAAACUGACUAUUGUCACACUUGAGAAAGAGAAAACCCCAAGCCCUGUUGAUAAGAUGGACAAGGUUGAAUUACCAGCUGUUACUGCAAAAGAGAAAACACCAAGCCCUGUUGAUAAGAUGGACAAGGUUGAAUUACCAGCUCCUCUCGAUAAGGAGAAAAAGGUUGAAAAGCCAGUCCCAAGUGCUGUUGAUGAAAAACUGACUGUUGUGACACUUGAGAAGGAGAAAACGCCAAGCCCUGUUGAUAAGAUGGACAAGGUUGAAUUACCAGCCGUGACUGCAGUUGAUGAAAAAAUAACUAUUGACAAACUUGAAAAAGACAAAACACCAAGUCCUCUCGAUAAGGAAGAAAAGGUCGAAAAGCCAGUGCCAAGUGCUGUUGAUGAAAAACUGACUAUUGUCACGCUUGAGAAGGAGAAAACGCCAAGCCCUGUUGAUAAGAUGGACAAGGUUGAAUUACCAGUUUCAACUGCAGUAGAUGAAAAACAAAUUAUUGACAAACUUGAAAAAGACAAAACACCAAGUCCUCUCGAUAAGGAAGAAAAGGUUGAAAAGCCAGUUCCAAGUGAUGUUGAUGAAAAACCAUCUGUUGACACACUUGAGAAAGAGAAAACACCAAGCCCUGUUGAUAAGAUGGACAAGGUUGAAUUACCAGCUGUGACUGCAGUUGAUGAAAAACUAACUAUUGACAAACUUGAAAAAGACAAAACGCCGAGUCCUUUCGAUAAGGAAGAAAAGGUUGAAAAGCCAGUUCCAAGUGCUGUUGAUGAAAAAUCAUAUGUUGACACACUUGAGAAAGAGAAAACGCCAAGCCCUGUUGAUAAGAUGGACAAGAAAGAAAUACCAGUUUCGACUGCAGUAGAUGAAAAACAAAUUAUUGACAAACUUGAAAAAGACAAAACACCAAGUCCUCUCGAUAAGGAAGAAAAGGUUGAAAAGCCAGUUCCAAGUGCUGUUGAUGAAAAAUCAUAUGUUGACACACUUGAGAAAGAGAAAACGCCAAGCCCUGUUGAUAAGAUGGACAAGAAAGAAAUACCAGUUUCGACUGCAGUAGAUGAAAAACAAAUUAUUGACAAACUUGAAAAAGACAAAGAGAAAACACCAAGCCCUGUUGAUAAGAUGGACAAGGUUGAAUUACCAGCUGUUACUGCAGUUGAUGAAAAACAAAUUAUUGACAAACUUGAAAAAAACAAAACACCAAGUCCUCUUGAUAAGGAAGAAAAGAAAGAGAAAACACCAAGCCCUGUUGAUAAGAUGGACAAGGUUGAAUUACCAGCUGUGACUUCAGUUGAUGAAAAGCUAACUAUUGACAAACUUGAAGAAGACAAAACGCCGAGUCCUCUCGAUAAGGAAGAAAAGGAGAAAACGCCAAGCCCUGUUGAUAAGAUGGACAAGAAAGAAAUACCAGUUUCUACUGCAAAAACACCAAGUCCUCUCGAUAAGGAAGAAAAGGUUGAAAAGCCAGUGCCAAGUGCUGUUGAUGAAAAACUGACUAUUGUCACACUUGAGAAAGAGAAAACACCAAGCCCUGUUGAUAAGAUGGACAAGGUUGAAUUACCAGCUGUUACUGCAGUAGAUGAAAAACAAAUUAUUGACAAACUUGAAAAAGACAAAACACCAAGUCCUCUCGAUAAGGAAGAAAAGAUUGAAAAGCCAGUUCCAAGUGAUGUUGAUGAAAAACCAUCUGUUGACACACUUGAGAAAGAGAAAACACCAAGCCCUGUUGAUAAGAUGGACAAGGUUGAAUUACCAGCUGUGACUGCAGUUGAUGAAAAACUAACUAUUGACAAAAUUGAAAAAGACAAAACAAAAGAGAAAACACCAAGCCCUGUUGAUAGGAUGGACAAGGUUGAAUUACCAGCUGUUACUGCAGAAGAAAAAGUCGAAAAGCCAGUGCCAAGUGCUGUUGAUGAAAAACUGAUUAUUGUCGCACUUGAGAAGGAGAAAACGCCAAGCCCUGUUGAUAAGAUGGACAAGGUUGAAUUACCAGUUUCAACUGCAGAAGAAAAGGUUGAAAAGCCAGUUCCAAGUGCUGUUGAUGAAAAAUCAUAUGUUGACACACUUGAGAAAGAGAAAACGCCAAGCCCUGUUGAUAAGAUGGACAAGAAAGAAAUACCAGUUUCGACUGCAGAAGAAAAGGUUGAAAAGCCAGUUCCAAGUGCUGUUGAUGAAAAAUCAUAUGUUGACACACUUGAGAAAGAGAAAACGCCAAGCCCUGUUGAUAAGAUGGACAAGAAAGAAAUACCAGUUUCGACUGCAAAAGAGAAAACACCAAGCCCUGUUGAUAAGAUGGACAAGGUUGAAUUACCAGCUGUUACUGCAGUUGAUGAAAAACAAAUUAUUGACAAACUUGAAAAAAACAAAACACCAAGUCCUCUUGAUAAGGAAGAAAAGAAAGAGAAAACACCAAGCCCUGUUGAUAAGAUGGACAAGGUUGAAUUACCAGCUGUGACUUCAGUUGAUGAAAAGCUAACUAUUGACAAACUUGAAGAAGACAAAACGCCGAGUCCUCUCGAUAAGGAAGAAAAGGAGAAAACGCCAAGCCCUGUUGAUAAGAUGGACAAGAAAGAAAUACCAGUUUCUACUGCAAAAGAGAAAACACCAAGCCCUGUUGAUAAGAUGGACAAGGUUGAAUUACCAGCUGUUACUGCAAAAGAGAAAACACCAAGCCCUGUUGAUAGGAUGGACAAGGUUGAAUUACCAGCUGUUACUGCAGUAGAUGAAAAAAUAACUAUUGACAAACUUGAAAAAGACAAAACACCAAGUCCUCUCGAUAAGGAAGAAAAAGUCGAAAAGCCAGUGCCAAGUGCUGUUGAUGAAAAACUGACUAUUGUCGCACUUGAGAAGGAGAAAACGCCAAGCCCUGUUGAUAAGAUGGACAAGGUUGAAUUACCAGUUUCAACUGCAGUAGAUGAAAAACAAAUUAUUGACAAACUUGAAAAAGACAAAACACCAAGUCCUCUCGAUAAGGAAGAAAAGGUUGAAAAGCCAGUUCCAAGUGAUGUUGAUGAAAAACCAUCUGUUGACACACUUGAGAAAGAGAAAACACCAAGCCCUGUCGAUAAGAUGGACAAGAAAGAAAUACCAGUUUCAACUGCAGUAGAUGAAAAACAAAUUAUUGACAAACUUGAAAAAGACAAAACACCAAGUCCUCUCGAUAAGGAAGAAAAGUUUGAAAAGCCAGUGCCAAGUGCUGUUGAUGAAAAACUGACUAUUGUCACACUUGAGAAAGAGAAAACCCCAAGCCCUGUUGAUAAGAUGGACAAGGUUGAAUUACCAGCUGUUACUGCAGUAGAUGAAAAACAAAUUAUUGACAAACUUGAAAAAGACAAAACACCAAGUCCUCUCGAUAAGGAAGAAAAGAUUGAAAAGCCAGUUCCAAGUGAUGUUGAUGAAAAACCAUCUGUUGACACACUUGAGAAAGAGAAAACACCAAGCCCUGUUGAUAAGAUGGACAAGGUUGAAUUACCAGCUGUUACUGCAGUAGAUGAAAAACAAAUUAUUGACAAACUUGAAAAAGACAAAACACCAAGUCCUCUCGAUAAGGAAGAAAAGGUUGAAAAGCCAGUUCCAAGUGAUGUUGAUGAAAAACCAUCUGUUGACACACUUGAGAAAGAGAAAACACCAAGCCCUGUUGAUAAGAUGGACAAGGUUGAAUUACCAGCUGUGACUGCAGUUGAUGAAAAACUAACUAUUGACAAACUUGAAAAAGACAAAACGCCGAGUCCUUUCGAUAAGGAAGAAAAGGUUGAAAAGCCAGUUCCAAGUGCUGUUGAUGAAAAACCAUCUGUUGACACACUUGAGAAGGAGAAAACGCCAAGCCCUGUUGAUAAGAUGGACAAGAAAGAAAUACCAGUUUCUACUGCAGUAGAUGAAAAACAAAUUAUUGACAAACUUGAAAAAGACAAAACACCAAGUCCUCUCGAUAAGGAAGAAAAGUUUGAAAAGCCAGUGCCAAGUGCUGUUGAUGAAAAACUGACUAUUGUCACACUUGAGAAAGAGAAAACCCCAAGCCCUGUUGAUAAGAUGGACAAGGUUGAAUUACCAGCUGUUACUGCAGUAGAUGAAAAACAAAUUAUUGACAAACUUGAAAAAGACAAAACACCAAGUCCUCUCGAUAAGGAAGAAAAGAUUGAAAAGCCAGUUCCAAGUGAUGUUGAUGAAAAACCAUCUGUUGACACACUUGAGAAAGAGAAAACACCAAGCCCUGUUGAUAAGAUGGACAAGGUUGAAUUACCAGCUGUUACUGCAGUAGAUGAAAAACAAAUUAUUGACAAACUUGAAAAAGACAAAACACCAAGUCCUCUCGAUAAGGAAGAAAAGGUUGAAAAGCCAGUUCCAAGUGAUGUUGAUGAAAAACCAUCUGUUGACACACUUGAGAAAGAGAAAACACCAAGCCCUGUUGAUAAGAUGGACAAGGUUGAAUUACCAGCUGUGACUGCAGUUGAUGAAAAACUAACUAUUGACAAACUUGAAAAAGACAAAACGCCGAGUCCUUUCGAUAAGGAAGAAAAGGUUGAAAAGCCAGUUCCAAGUGCUGUUGAUGAAAAACCAUCUGUUGACACACUUGAGAAGGAGAAAACGCCAAGCCCUGUUGAUAAGAUGGACAAGAAAGAAAUACCAGUUUCUACUGCAGUAGAUGAAAAACAAAUUAUUGACAAACUUGAAAAAGACAAAACACCAAGUCCUCUCGAUAAGGAAGAAAAGGUUGAAAAGCCAGUGCCAAGUGCUGUUGAUGAAAAACUGACUAUUGUCACACUUGAGAAAGAGAAAACACCAAGCCCUGUUGAUAAGAUGGACAAGGUUGAAUUACCAGCUGUUACUGCAGUAGAUGAAAAACAAAUUAUUGACAAACUUGAAAAAGACAAAACACCAAGUCCUCUCGAUAAGGAAGAAAAGAUUGAAAAGCCAGUUCCAAGUGAUGUUGAUGAAAAACCAUCUGUUGACACACUUGAGAAAGAGAAAACACCAAGCCCUGUUGAUAAGAUGGACAAGGUUGAAUUACCAGCUGUGACUUCAGUUGAUGAAAAGCUAACUAUUGACAAACUUGAAGAAGACAAAACGCCGAGUCCUCUCGAUAAGGAAGAAAAGGUUGAAAAGCCAGUUCCAAGUGCUGUUGAUGAAAAACCAUCUGUUGACACACUUGAGAAGGAGAAAACGCCAAGCCCUGUUGAUAAGAUGGACAAGAAAGAAAUACCAGUUUCUACUGCAGUAGAUGAAAAACAAAUUAUUGACAAACUUGAAAAAGACAAAACACCAAGUCCUCUCGAUAAGGAAGAAAAGGUUGAAAAGCCAGUGCCAAGUGCUGUUGAUGAAAAACUGACUAUUGUCACACUUGAGAAAGAGAAAACACCAAGCCCUGUUGAUAAGAUGGACAAGGUUGAAUUACCAGCUGUUACUGCAGUAGAUGAAAAACAAAUUAUUGACAAACUUGAAAAAGACAAAACACCAAGUCCUCUCGAUAAGGAAGAAAAGAUUGAAAAGCCAGUUCCAAGUGAUGUUGAUGAAAAACCAUCUGUUGACACACUUGAGAAAGAGAAAACACCAAGCCCUGUUGAUAAGAUGGACAAGGUUGAAUUACCAGCUGUGACUGCAGUUGAUGAAAAACUAACUAUUGACAAACUUGAAAAAGACAAAACACCAAGUCCUCUCGAUAAGGAAGAAAAGGUUGAAAAGCCAGUUCCAAGUGAUGUUGAUGAAAAACCAUCUGUUGACACACUUGAGAAAGAGAAAACACCAAGCCCUGUUGAUAAGAUGGACAAGGUUGAAUUACCAGCUGUUACUGCAGUAGAUGAAAAACAAAUUAUUGACAAACUUGAAAAAGACAAAACACCAAGUCCUCUCGAUAAGGAAGAAAAGGUUGAAAAGCCAGUUCCAAGUGAUGUUGAUGAAAAACCAUCUGUUGACACACUUGAGAAAGAGAAAACACCAAGCCCUGUUGAUAAGAUGGACAAGGUUGAAUUACCAGCUGUGACUGCAUUUGAUGAAAAACUAACUAUUGACAAACUUGAAAAAGACAAAGAGAAAACGCCAAGCCCUGUUGAUAAGAUGGACAAGGUUGAAUUACCAGCUAAAGAGAAAACACCAAGCCCUGUUGAUAAGAUGGACAAGGUUGAAUUACCAGCUAAAGAGAAAACGCCAAGCCCUGUUGAUAAGAUGGACAAGAAAGAAAUACCAGUUUCGACUGCAAAAGAGAAAACACCAAGCCCUGUUGAUAAGAUGGACAAGGUUGAAUUACCAGCUAAAGAGAAAACACCAAGCCCUGUUGUUAAGAUGGACAAGGUUGAAUUACCAGCUGUUACUGCAAAAGAGAAAACACCAAGCCCUGUUGAUAAGAUGGACAAGGUUGAAUUACCAGCUAAAGAGAAAACACCAAGCCCUGUCGAUAAGAUGGACAAGAAAGAAAUACCAGUUUCAACUGCAAUGGACAAGAAAGAAAUACCAAUUUCAACUGCAGUAGAUGAAAAACAAAUUAUUGACAAACUUGAAAAAGACAAAACACCAAGUCCUCUCGAUAAGGAAGAAAAGGUUGAAAAGCCAGUGCCAAGUGCUGUUGAUGAAAAACUGACUGUUGACACACUUGAGAAAGAGAAAACACCAAGCCCUGUUGAUAAGAUGGACAAGGUUGAAUUACCAGCUGUUACUGCAGUAGAUGAAAAACAAAUUAUUGACAAACUUGAAAAAGACAAAACACCAAGUCCUCUCGAUAAGGAAGAAAAGGUUGAAAAGCCAGUUCCAAGUGAUGUUGAUGAAAAACCAUUUGUUGACACACUUGAGAAAGAGACAACGCCAAGCCCUGUUGAUAAGAUGGACAAGGUUGAAUUACCAGCUGUGACUGCAGUAGAUGAAAAACUAACUAUUGUCAAACUUGAAAAAGACAAAACGCCAAGUCCUCUCGAUAAGGAAGAAAAGGUUGAAAAGCCAGUCCCAAGUGCUGUUGAUGAAAAACCAUCUGUUGAGACACUUGUGAAAGAGAAAACACCAAGCCCUGUUGAUGAGAUGGACAAGGUUGAAUUACCAGCUGUGACUGCAGUUGAUGAAAAACUAACUAUUGUCAAACUUGAAAAAGACAAAACGCCAAGUCCUCUCGAUAAGAAAGAGAAAACACCAAGCCCUGUCGAUAAGAUGGACAAGAAAGAAAUACCAGUUUCAACUGCAGAAGAAAAGGUUGAAAAGCCAGUGCCAAGUUCUGUUGAUGAAAAACUGACUGUUGACACACUUGAAAAAGACAAAAUGGCAAGUCCUCUCGAUAAGGAAGAAAAGGUUGAAAAACCAGUUCCGACUUCAGUAGAUGACAAAGAAACUAUUGACAAACUUGAUAAGGAGAAAACGCCAAGCCCUGUUGAUAGGAUGGACAAGGUUGAAUUACCAGUUCCAAGUUCUGUUGAUGAAAAACGGACUUUUGACACACUUAAGAAAGAGAAAACGGCAAGCUAUGUUGCUGAAAUGGACAAGGUUGAAACCCCAGUUCCGGCUUCAGUUGAUAAAAAACUAACUAUUGACGAACUUGUUAAGGACAAAACGCCAAGUCCUCUCGGUGAAGAAGAAAUGGUUGAAAAGCCAGUUUCAGCCAUACUUAAAAAAGAAGAAACGCCUAAGCCAGUUGACACAAAGGUGAUGGAUGAAAAACGACUUCUAGGUGCUGUUGAUGUAAAGACGACCAUUGAUAAAGAUGUUAAAGACAUAACGCCCUGCCAUUUCGAUCAGGUUGACAAAACUGAAAAACCCAUACAUACUGCUUUAGAUGAAAAAGUGUCCAUUGGUAAACUUGAAAAAGAUAAAACGCCUUCUUCUGUUGAUGUUUCAAAACAAAAUCUUACUUUUGCACCAAAAGACGAAAACAUUACAGAGCCUACAGAAAAGUCUCACCAAAUAGUAGAAACUAAAGAAAGUUUAUUACCAUUUAAAGAGCAGACUGAGAAGAUUAUGGAAGAUAAAACCUUGCCUUUCAACGCCGCGGAGAAGGUUGAAAAAACAGUUGAUAAUGCUUUAAUGCCUGCUUACGUUAAUGGCCACUUCCAGUCACCAAAAUUAGGUUCGAAGGAGGAGACCGAAGACAUAUUUAUUUUAGAAAGUUUGGACUGUUUGAGCCCAGAACUCAAAACUUCAUCCACAAAAGAUGAAAUUUCACCCGAGAAUCUUAUCAUUAAAUCGAAAUUCGCUAAGCAGAUUAAAGAGUCUGAAGAAAUGAUUACUAAAGAAAGAAGUUUCUAUACAGAAUAUGACAUUGGAAUCCAAAGUAUCAAACAAAGGGAUGACAAAUUAAGUUCUUUGUCUACAAUUGACAGUGGAAUUAUUGAUAAGGACAGUUUUACCCAUACCUUAAAACACGGCGUUAGUUCCGAGGAUAUUUCAAAAGAAGUCAGUAUUGAAGAAAAAUACAGCUUUGAAAGUUCAGAAAAAUCCGAUAAAAAGCAGUUAUUAGACCGAUCAAUGAAGACCAGUGGCUAUAAAGUAAUUACUAGUGAAUUUAGUAGCUAUAGUGAUUCAUAUCAAUCUACAAGUAGUCAACACACAAGUUUUGUCGAUAGCACUCAAGAGGAGCCACUGUCAGACGUAAAUAUUGAAAUAUCUCAAAUAGAUCGCGAACAGUUAAAUAUCGAUUCUAAAGAGCAUGGUACUGAUACCUUCGAACAGGUAAAAGAUAAAUCAAUUAAUGAAAUAGCAAAACAACCUGCUGAUUCGCAGCUUGUUAAAACCAUACAAGCAGCAUUUGAAGACGAAGGCAUACAACAAGGAAUUAAAACAGAAGAAAUUGAAUACAUAAGUUCAAAAGUUGAUAGAGUUUCAACUCCACCUACCGUACCAGUUAGUCCCCUACCCAAAAUACCUUUACAGGACCUAAAACUGGCCGAUGGUGUUCAAAGCGAAGUAAAAUAUGACAAAUUACAGGGGGCUGAAGAAACCAUAACCAAAAUUGUUCAUGUAGGCGAAGAUGUUUUAACACAAAAAAUAUCAACAUCAACUGAAAAAGUACCGAAACCAUUGAAAAGCGAUAAAGAGGAUGAAGAUACUUUAUCUUUAAUGCAAACCAUGGGAAAAAUAAAAACAGAAACUGACACUGUAACCAAAAUAAUUAAGGAUGGUGAAAAUGUCGUAACGCAAACUAUUACUACCGUAACAACUAAAGAGAUUAUUUCUAGAGAAGAUGGCACACCACAAAACGUUAAAACUACUAUUGAGACUACUACUCUAAGUAAAAGUUCAGAUGGAUCAAUAACGACUACCACAGAUACUCAAACAUUACUUUCAGAAUGUUCUUCUAGUCUCCGAUCGACUUCACAGAUGGAUUUGUACGACAAAGAGAAAAAAUUAGACAAGUUAUAUAUUGAGCAUGGUGAUGAAAAAUCUGAGUCAGAAUAUAGCUAUCAGACACAAGAAAGCUAUAGUGAAAAAGGGUGGUCAGAAAAAGACAAAUCACAUUUUAUCAAAGAAGAUGAAGAGACUGAUAGUAGCAUAGAAGCUGUAGUUAUAGAUACUGAUGUUAGCAAGAAAAUUAUUAAGGAAAAUAACUUAGAUAUCAUAGAAAAUAUUACUACAACUACAAAGAAAGAAACCAUACGAAUGGAUGAUAACAGAAAAUUAAUUAAAACCACAGUGGAAACAAAUACAACUAAAGAAUAUCCAGAUGGUUCUAAAGAUGUGCAUAAAAAUGUUGAAGUGAAAACAGAAGAGGUAACUGUCGAUUCAAGUUCUAAUUUGGAUAAAUUGCUUAGUGGUUAUUCACUGUUAGAAGAACCCGAGGAAAAUAUUUCUACUAAAACGGAAACAAUCACAUGUGAGGGUAUUUCUAUAAAGCGAACAAUUACAACAAGUACAAUAAAAUCAAAAUAUGUUGACAAUGAAAGUAUUCCAAGAAAACUAAAGACAGUUACAACAGUUACAACAACAGAUGAAUAUCCCGAUGGAUCCACGCAAUCAAAGAUCGAAACUAGCACAUCUCUAUCAGAUAUAGAGAUGGAGGAUGUUGAGGAAAACUUAGAUCUCUCAGAAUAUACGAUAGAAGAAGAUAUGAAUGUUGAUGUGCAACGACAAGAAAAGGAGGUAAUUCUUAAUGGUAAAAAUGUUUUGCAAAUUAUAACAACAACCACCACGAAAAAAGUCUUAACUACGCGAGAUAAAGCAAAGAAAAAAAUAAAGACUAUUGUUGAGACCGUUACUGAAUCUCUUCUACCAGACGGAAUAACUGAAGUUACAAAAGAUGUAAAUAUAUCUAUUUCGGAUUACAACACUCAACCAGUAGAUGAUAUUUCGGAAGAGUUUGAAGAAGUUGGAGAACCUAACGAAGAGACAAAAACUGAAAAACAAACAAUAACCGACUCAGGUGAAACAGUAAAUAGGACAGUUACUGUUAUAACGACUAUUCAAAAUUAUAUCAAUAUUUCUAAAACCCUUAAAAGAAUAAAAACAACUGUAAAAACUAUUACAGAAGAUGAGUAUCCAGAUGGUUCGGUGAUUACUAAAACAAGUGAAAAAGUUUCGAUAUUAGAUGAAAAUUUGGAAAUCAACGGCAUUAAUUUAGAAGAAAACGAACUAAAAGAUAGUUUACAAAGCACUAAGGUUGACGAAAUACUGAAAGACCUCAAACCACUAGGUGAACCCGAAGAAACAGAAACUCUGGAGAGGGAGGAUAUAACAGAAAAUGAUUUAACAAUAAAACGAACGAUAUGUACAAAAAUUAUUAAAAGUUGCUAUGCAAAUGAUCAGGGCAUUAUGUUAAUACAAAAAGUAGUAAAAACCGUUACAACAACAGACGUGUUUCCAGACGGCUCUUCACGGACUUCGGUAGAUACAACUACAUCCAUAUCGGAAAUUGAUUCAAAUGAAAAAAUGCAGACUGAUGUACCUUUACAAGAAACAAAGGAUGUUAAAAUAGAAAAAAGAACAAACGUGAUUAUUAAAGAUGGGGUACAAAUUAAACAAGUCAUCACAACAACUACUACGAAAGAAUUAAUAACAGAUGAAGAUUUAAACAAAAAAAUUAAAACAACCGUUGAAACAGUCACUGAGUCCACGUCACCAAACGGCGCUGUUGAGGUAAUUAAAGAUGUUAGAGUGUCUAUAACGGAUUACGAAGAAGAUACACUUGAAGAAACAUUAAAGGAAUUUAUUGAAAUAGGCAAACCUGUAAUCACACAAAGUUCCGAUUUGCAAGAUAUUAAACAAAAUGGUAUCACUAUAUCUAGAAAAACAACAAUAACAACGACAAAGCAAGAAUAUGAAAGAACUGCAACAAGAACAAGAAAAGUUAAAAUAAUUGUCGAAACUGUUAUAGAAGACGAAUAUCCGGAUGGAACAGUUAUAACAAAAAGAAGUGAGAAAAUAUCAAUUGCUGAUGUUUUACCAACAAUGUCAACUGAAUCACUGGAAGAUGAGGAUGCUCCAGAAUCGCAAAUUAAUGAUACAGAAAUAGUAGAGGAUACUAAUGAAGAAUUGGAUAUUAAGAAAGAAACUUUCCUAAAAGGCUCGAUAACAGUUAAACGGACUAUUACCACCAAAACAAAACGAGAAACUUUGGCUAGUGACGACCAAAAUAUUAAACGUGUACGAACUACGGUUGAAACAACUACCGUUGAUGAAUAUCCCGAUGGUUCAGUCGAAACAACAAAAGAUGUUAAAAUUACUAUAUCCGAAUAUCAAAAAACGACUGACAGCGACCUACAGGCCGCUCUUAGAGGUUUAACUCCCACGGGAAAAAUCAAAACGUCAGUUGACAAACAAUCGAACCGUAUUCAAACAGAAAGCAACGAAAGUAUAACACAAAAUAUAACAACCUACACUACAAAAGAAGAAUUUAAGAAUAACGAAACAAGCGAUAUCGCUGUGAAAACUGUAACUGAAACGGUUACUGAAAACGUUCAUAAUGAUGGUACAAUUGAAACAACAAAAGAUGUUAGAACUCAAAUCACAUAUCUGCCACCCGGCACAACUCUAGAUGAUUGGUCACCGGAGGAUUUAGAAAAAAUUACUAGCACACAACCGACAAAAGUAGAAGAUAAACCUAAAAUCGAUGACUUAAUCCUUGAAAAUAAAGAUGGAAAGAACGUCGUGGAAAAGCCAAAAAAACAACGUUCCCCCGUAGGAGAAAUAACGACGGAUACUGAAACUUUUACUAAAAUUAUAAAAGAAGGUGACAACGAAAUAACUCAGAACAUCACUGUCGUAACAACAAAGGAAGUUAUCACACCUGAAAAAAUUAAGAUCACUGUUGAAACAACUACUGUUAGUAAAGGAAAUGAUGGCAUAGUCAAAACUACAAAGUCAACUAAAACAACUAUAUCCGAAAUUAAAGAAGAGUAUGAAGAAAUUAUUGAUACGGGCGGGAGUGAAAAAUCUUUUUCUAAACUUUCAUCAAAAACAGGUGACAUGCGUAGUUCCUCCGCUGCCAGCGAUGACCUAGACCACCCAGGGAUUUCGACACCACCCUCAGAUAUAAGUUCUAGAGGAUCCAGGGCAGCUACUCAUGUAUGGGGUACCGAAAGCAGUGGCAUGUACUAUAGUGACGACGAUGGCCAAAUGAGUCCUAGUAGUACAAAAUCUCAAAUCGCACACUCACCGCGAUCAAACGUAAGCUUUGAACUAGAUCCAAAGUUAUCACAGCUAUCGGAGACUCGCCAAGAUUUGCUAGAGGAAAAAUCAGAAUUUGAGUUCAUGAAAUAUAGAGAUCCGUCGCCUUCCGUGCAUUUAAGUCAUAUUGGUGAUACUGAUUCCUGUACUUCCUCCACGCAUUCCGAAAUUAAGUCUGAAGUUCAAGUUACUGGUAGAAUGAGCAAAACGUCAGAGCAAAAGUUAGAUGACGAAAAACAAUCAUUUAAGUCUGAUAUCACAUUCCUUAAAGAAGCCGAUGAACAUUUCGAAAAAGCAAUAGAAGAACAUAAAAAAGUAAGCGGAUCUGAUGUAAUUUCAAGUAUCACAGCUAAAUACGAAUUGGGCGAACAAACACAUUCAAGCGCGAGUCAACUGUCAACAAAAGAAGAAAGUACAAUUACGUUAAAGGACCUUAAGUCUGAAUCAAAGAAAUCGUCCGAAACGAGUUCUUUUAGUGCCACGAGACAGGAAGCAAAAUCAAAAACUCAAAGUAAAACCGUAGAAAAAGAUCCUAUCGAAUCUUGGGGGAAGCCUUUAGGACUACCUAGUCCCAUUUUACCACCCACAUCACAAGGGGAUGGCAAAAACACCCCGAAAAAGCAAGGUCCCAGUUCAAACGUUCAAAUCAAGAACAAGUUGAACCAAGAGAAAAGUAAAGAUAUGAAAAAUAGAGCAUCAGAGUCUCCCAGCAAAAAGAAAUCCCCGAGCCCGGUUUACAUGGAGCUUACGUAUGUGCCUCACCACGGCAACUCCUACUACUCUGCGGUUGAAUUCUUUAAGCGCGUCAGAGCUCGUUACUAUGUGUUCUCAGGCACCGAGCCUUCGAAAGAAAUUUACAAUGCACUUCUCGACGCUAAAAAGACUUGGGAAGAUAAAGAUUUAGAAGUGACGAUCAUUCCUACAUACGACACGGACGUGCUGGGCUACUGGGUUACGGAGAACGAGGAGGCGUUGGAGAAAUACAAGAUCGACCUGUCGCCGUCGGCCUCGCGCUGCACCAUCAACUUGCAGGACCACGAGACCUCCUGCGCCGCCUACAGACUAGAGUUCUAGAUUUCGGGAAUAUUUGUAGCGUUCUCAACGAACAAGUGAGCCGUCGAUGUUCGCAUUCUUUUGAAUGAUGGAACCAAAGAGUAAUUAAUUGUCGUAGGAAAUAAAAGGACUGUGAUAUAAAUAGGCAUUCAAAAGAAUUCGCACUGAUCGAUUCGUGCCGCUCGUUCGCAUGAGAUCGCUUACAAAUAAAUGUAAUAGAUUUUGUGAUAUUGUAAUGCAAACGACAGACUGUUACGAAGUUUGAUAAAUUAAGAGUAAGAACAUUAACUUUUGUGCGAGCUGCGAGCCUCUAGCUACUAGCUAUGAGGUGCAACGACCACGGACAAGCGAAUCCUAAACGGCCAAGUCCUCCCCAACAAUAUAUCAAUAACCAAAUAUUCGACCUAAGAACAGAGACGUCCAUUUUUUUCUAAAGAUACCGUUGUCUAAUAACGUCAUAAAUAUUAACAUGCCAUUUAAAAUAUAUUUCUGAGUAUUUUUUAAAUUCGGUCUUUUACAAUCUGUAGAGCUUUUAUACAUGAUAUUUAGCGUAACCAGUCCAUUUUGUUUAGCCAAAACACCGCUUAUGUAAAUGUCUAAAUUUUUGAAAAUUAUUUUGCUAAAGCAUAAAUUCUACUUAGAGAAUAUUGUACAAAAAGUAUUUAAUAUACGAUUGUUUUUUAAUUGAGCGCUUUUUGAAAAGGACGUAAACGAUUCGUGCGGCUCCUGCGAGCUGCGACGCCCGAUAGGGGGCACCACCAUCAACUAUUAAACAACUUUUCUACAAUUAAAAUUUUAAAUAAAUGUAUGUCUUAUAAAGACGUAUUUAAAUAUGUCGUUGGUCGAUGUCGACUCACUCUUUAUAUUAAUGUUUCUUAGAACCAAGAUAACUGUUAAACAAAUCUAGAAUGGCAAAGAUAACUUCCUGAUAUUGAAUUAAGUACAGUUAGGUUAAAUGAUUACGAGGUGAGAAUCGUUUCCCAGUUACUUUACAAUCCGAGCUUCCCUGCCAUUUUUGUAGAUAUAUAGAUAGCGAGCGGCCGUCGCGUCCGAGCAUAAAAGUAGUGACUGACCCCGGCAGCGGGUGCUUGGGACAGGUCCCACUGGGAACAGCCUGCACUCCCAGCAUGGGACCUUUUCCCACCACGCGCGGCUGCGGGCGGACGCCACAGCCCUCGCCCCGCACAGAAGUCAUCUGUGUCCUUCUAGACUUACGAAGAGCCUAAAUCGAUAGAGAGCUUAAUCCAUAUAAAAAUGUUUUAUUAGAACUAUUUAUUAUUACCAAAUGAACAAUCUAUUUACCUUUGUUUUAGUUGAGGUCUGCUUGUUGCCUAUCGUGCCGAGAUAGUCGCGGAGGAUGAUAUUUAUACUAGUCUCGGCGUGCGAUCUGUCGAUGGUUAUUGAAUCUCUGUUGUUACUUUUAUGUUGGUCGCGUGGAUAUUUCGCUCCGUUAACGCGUUGUUUAUAAAUUUCUAGUCGUUUCGACGUAUACUGAUGUACUGAUAUUAUUUCGUUCCUAUAUCCGAUUACGGUGUGACUUUCUUUAACCUUUUUCAAAGGAAUUAUAAAAUAAAAUUUGCUGUUUUAAUGAAAUGAUAUUAUCGAUUAAAUAUUUUCCUCCAAUGUUUGAGUUAGAGUGAGAUGAGUGAGUGAUUUCAUCGCCAGGUAGUCUAGUGCGCGUCGCCCAGAGUCGCCGCGCCGGCUAUUCAGUUCUACUCCAAGUCAAGUUGAGGUUAUAAGUCAAUUAAUUUUAAGUCAUCCAUAACAUAAAGCGGACAUGCCGCCAUCCUCGCUUUCUCAGCCAGCCUCUUCUAUCCAUAGAUAAAAAUAAAAUUAAAAAAAACUAUCAGUGUACUGGCACCAGCACAAUAAAUUAACUUU